AGAAAUUAUGAAUCCCAAAUGGACAAAGGUAUUCCUGUUGGGCCGUUCACUUUGAAGUUCACAACAGUAACCAACUCCAAAACUCUCGUUCAAUAUCAUUGUCUCCCAAAAAAGUUCCAACGCAUAUAAUAUCUGAUUUUAUCAUUUGUUAAAAAAAUAAAAAAAAGCACAAAUUGCCGAUAAAUCAAAUAAUCGUACUAUCUUCUUGAUUUUUUUAGAGGAACAGAAAAGAAGUCAUUUUUGCCGGAAACAUGAUGCUUCUGGCAUAAACAUUGAUUGAUGUGGGGGCGGUGACUGACGUAAGAAACGGCGGAAGUUGGUGGCGCGUGAACAGCAAAGCUACUUUGCAUACAGUUACACAAAUGGCUAAUAGGCGUCGCUUCAAACGCGUGAUAAAAUGCUUAUUAUGCGCGUGCGCCGGACAAACAGGAGCUUGUUGUCAUAGUGAAGGUCCUGGAACAAUGUCCCCAAUUGGAGUAAGAUUGUACAUUCAAGAUCGCCAUGUGAUGAUGGAUAAUGGCCUAGUCCAAGUCACAUUAUCAAAUCCAGAUGGAAUUGUCACUGGAAUACGCUAUAAUGACGUUGAUAAUCUACUUGAAGGCCUUAACGAUGAAUCCAAUAGAGGGUACUGGGAUGUCGUCUGGAAUUCUCCCGAUGGUGGAAAAACUGGAGUAUUUGAAGUGAUCAAGGGUACAAAUUUCAAGGUUAUAAAGGAGACAGACGAUCAAGUAGAGAUAUCAUUUUCACGACCAUGGGAUCCCUCUCUCCAAGGCAAACUUGUUCCGCUGAAUAUUGACAAAAGGUUUAUUUUGCUCCGUGGCUGCUCUGGUUUCUACUCUUAUUCCAUUUAUGAGCAUGUUGGUUCACCUGAAUGGCCUGCUUUCAGCAUCGGUGAAACUAGAAUAGCAUUCAAGCUCCGGAAAGAUAAGUUUCACUAUAUGGCUGUGGAAGACAAUAGGCAAAGAUUCAUGCCUCUACCAGAUGACCGAAUGCCUGCAAGAUGCCAACGCCUUGCCUAUGCAGAAGCAGUCCUACUGAACAAUCCUGUGGAGCCAGAGUUAAGAGGAGAGGUCGAUGACAAAUACCAGUACUCGUGUGACAAUAAAGAUAACAAGGUCCACGGCUGGAUAUCUAUGGAUCCACCUGUGGGAUUUUGGCAAAUUACUCCGAGUGAUGAAUUCCGAUCUGGUGGACCUGUCAAACAAAACCUCACAUCCCAUGUCGGUCCAACUACCUUAGCUAUGUUUCUAAGCUCUCAUUACGCUGGAGAUGAUCUAACACCAAAUUUUGCUCAAGGUGAAACCUGGAAAAAAGUUUUUGGCCCCGUGUUUAUAUAUGUUAAUUCUGUUAUGCAAGGGGAAGAUCCUGUUGCUCUAUGGGAUGAUGCCAAGAUACAGAUGCAACAUGAAGUUCAAAGCUGGCCUUACAAUUUUCCAGCGUCAGAAGAUUUUCUCUCAGCAGAUCAAAGGGGCAAUGUUAGUGGUAGACUUUUGGUUCAAGACAAGUACAUUAGUGAUGAUCAUAUACCAGCAAAUGGCGCUUAUGUCGGCCUUGCUACACCAGGAGAAGCUGGUUCCUGGCAAAAAGAAUGCAAGGACUACCAAUUUUGGGCUAAAUCUGACGAUAAUGGAUACUUCUCUAUAAACAAUAUACGUCCCGGUGACUACAAUCUUUAUGCAUGGGUACCUGGAUUCAUUGGGGACUAUCAAUAUGAGACUCCCAUUUCCAUAACUCCAGGCUGUAGGAUUGAUGUGGACAAAAUCAUAUAUCAGCCUCCAAGGGAUGGCCCCACAUUAUGGGAAAUAGGCAUUCCUGACCGUACUGCUGCAGAAUUUUUUGUUCCUGAACCUAACCCGAAAUUUAUCAACAAGCUUUUCGUCAAUCAUCCUGACAGGUUUAGGCAAUAUGGAUUGUGGGAUAGGUACUCCGAGUUAUAUCCAACGGAUGACCUUGUGUAUGUAACUGGAGAAAGUGACUAUAGGAAAGACUGGUUUUUUGCUCAGGUUCCAAGGAGAAAAGAGGACGGCUCGUAUCAAGGAACAACAUGGCAGAUCAGAUUUAAACUUGAUUCAGUCAAUCAAGAAGGAACGUAUAAAUUGCGCAUUGCAAUUGCAUCUGCAACUUUAGCUGAAGUGCAGGUUCGGGUGAAUAAUCCGAGCAUAAAUCGACCUCUAUUUUCAACUGGAUUGAUUGGAAGAGACAACUCAAUUGCCAGGCAUGGAAUUCAUGGAUUAUAUUGGCUUUACAAUAUAGACAUACAGGGGAAUCUGUUAGUACAAGGGGACAACACCAUAUACUUAGGCCAACCAAGAAACCAAAGUCCUUUCCAGGGGAUUAUGUAUGACUAUAUUCGUCUCGAAGCUCCACCAAACUAAGCAAUUUUUCAGUUUCCCCUUCUUGUACAGAGCUCAAAUAAUUCUAAUUCUCAGCAAAUAAGAUGGUAAUUGUUGAUUGUUUGAUUUGUAUUAGUACCAAUUUAGCAUUAAUAGGGUUCCAGUUACUCGGAGAUUGAUCAAUUUGCAAUUUUAUGCAAGAAUAAUUGUAUUUGCACUACUUGCCCUUGUAAUAACCACAUGUAUAUUCUUGGAAUUUUCGUGCAUAGAAAUUAAUUACAACC